CAUCCGUAGGGAGCACACCAUUUCACUCGCUCUGUAGUUUUUUUUAGUUUCAACUACUCAGAGAGCACUCGGAGAUAUACAGUGGAAAACAGAAAAGCGAGUGUAUUUUAGAGAGAGAAAGUGGGUGGUUUUUUUAGAGUGAGAGAAAGGGAGCCUAGUUAGCAUUUCCGUUCAUUAACGCUUCUCAGCAACAAAGCGUGAAUAAUUCUUUGCUUUUUUUCCGUUUCCAUCUUACACACACUUCUGUCGCUCUUAUUAACAUUCACUUAUGCUUUCAGAAUUUCUAUUCACGUUUCUUCUUAAUAACUCUUUCUGAAACAAUCUCUGUAUACUUAUUAUACACAACUAGAAGGAGAAGGGAGAGAAAGAGAGAGUGAUAUGGAGCUGAGUAAGGUCACUCUGGAGAUCUUCACCAAACUGGAGCAGAAAUGGCUCUCUCACUGUGAAACGACCAAGAAGACUCGGAUUCUAAGCAUUGACGGCGGAGGAACCACCUGCAUUGUCGCUGGCGCCGCACUGGUACACCUCGAAGACCAGAUCCGCCUCAAGACCGGCGAUCCCCUUGCCCAAAUAGCCGAUUUCUUUGACCUCAUUACGGGGACCGGCGUUGGAGCUAUCCUCGCUGCCAUGCUGGCCGCCGCCGACGCCUCCGGCCGUCCUCUAUUCACCGCCAGAGACGCUGUCAGCGCUCUCACGGAGAAACAGUCGGAAUUUUUCAAGGUCAAGUUCGCCGGAGUUCUCCACCGGUGUCGGAGAUACUCCGACAAGAGUAUGGAAAAGGUUCUUAAGGAGCUGUUCACGAGAGAGGAUGGGAAGGUAUUGACGCUUAAAGACACGUGUAAGCCUCUCCUGGUCCCCUGCUUCGACCUGCGAAGCUCGGCACCGUUCGUGUUCUCCCGAGCCGACGCAUCCGAGUCGCAGAGUUUCGACUUCGACCUGUGGAAAGUCUGCCGAGCCACCUCAGCAACGCCGAGCCUCUUCAAGCCGUUUAGCCUAAGCUCCGUGAACGGAAAGACCACGUGCUGCGCCGUGGACGGUGGCCUGGUGAUGAACAACCCGACGGCUGCGGCGGUAACGCAUGUACUGCACAACAAGCGGGACUUUCCGUCAGUUAACGGCGUUGAGGAUCUGUUAGUCCUUUCACUGGGUAACGGUCCACUUAUCAGUGGAAGGAAAGUCCGUCAUGACGGCCGGAGCUCCACGUCUUCAAUUGUUGAUAUUGUACUUGAUGGAGUUUCCGAGACCAUUGACCAGAUGUUGGGGAACGCCUUCUGUUGGAACCGUACGGACUACGUCAGGAUUCAGGCGAACGGACUGGGGGGCGAUGGAGUGGUGGGGCCGAGAAAGAAGGAAGAUGAGGUGGUGGGUGUGCUGAAAGAGAGAGGUGUGGAGUCGUUACCGUUUGGCGGGAAACGGUUGCUGACGGAGACUAACGGCCAGUUAAUCGAAGGCUUUGCACAACGCCUCGUGGCUUCGGGAAAGACCAGUCUGCCAUCCAGUCCCUGCAAGGAAUCUGCCGUUAGCCCACUCGCUGACGGGCGUUAGCUUUUUCACUUCUUUUUUAUUAUUUUUCUUUGUUAUAUAAAUAUAUUUUUUUUUUUAACCUUUGUAACCAACCUCAGGUUCGCUUUUAACCGUCUCUGUUUCCGAGUUAAAAUAGCUUCUUAAUAAUAACUUGUUCAGCUCUUUUUUCUCUUUUUCUUU